CUCUACAAGUGCUGACAGCAGAUUUAGACUAGCGAUGGAAAAUUUUCGAAAGGAGCGUAAUUUUACCACUAAGUCAGCUCAGAUCCUUAGUACAUACUUUAGUUAUGGAGGGAUGGACGAGCAUAUCACUGACCCCAACAACCCUAGAAACGACAGCAAGGGCACCAAGGAAGAAAAAGAUAUUGACUUCUCGUUCGUGGCAGCAUCAUAUCUCUCGUCCUAUAUCAUUAACUCUAGCAUUUGGAAUGAUAUAACAUAUGUAGAGAUGGCGCCCAAGAUUAUAGCCUCAUUCCUCAAAUAUGUGCUGGCUAGAAGGGUCGUUCCAGAGUACCAAGAAGAUUUAGAAAAGGCCUUUGCGAUAGCAUCGCUUGCAAAGACUGAAACCCCCGCAUGUCACCGGUUCAACUCGAAAAUGCCCGAUGAUUUCAAUCAUGCGUGUUCAAUCUUGUUUUGUCAGGGCAGUUCAGAUCAUCUGCCGAUGAACACAAACAAGAUGAUGAAGGAAGUGAUGGGGGAGAUAUCUACAGCACAUGUGACGCUCAAGAGCAAGCGGUUUAGACAUGCGAGGGUUGUGAAGAAGGUGGAGUCCACGAGAGAACCCGGAGCAGAGCCUGCGAUGACAGUAGAAGUGGUUCUCGAAGAAAUGGAUAUUGACAACGAGAAGAGUGACGAUUUAGAUCAGCAAGAGCAAAAGCCAAAGCAAGAGCAAGAGCAAUGGUCGAUUCAUAUCUCAAGCGAGACAGCAGCACUACUGCAACUGAGGAUGGUGGUGUGGGGCACAUUUUUCACUCUAUCCAAUGGGGUCGUGUUUGCGCAGCCUUUGGUAUCUCUCCCAACAUUUUAUGUAUCGCAUUUCGAGGAUGAGGCCUAGGGAUGGACCGUUUGCCAAC